AUGUAUCGACUCUGCAGAGGCGACAAGCAGGGGUAUAAUGUUGGUCGUCCCUGCCGCCCCCGACCCCGCGAGCCAGCAUUCCAGCACCACGCCUACUGCGUCAUCUGCGCGAGUGUGCUGCCCCGGCCGCCGUACGACUUCACGCUCUGCGCGGGUUCCUCGGAAGAGGACGCAGAGUACGUCGACAAUGUCGAGAUCGAGCGUGCCGUGAGGCGGUUGCCGUUCCUCAAGUCCAGCUCUGGUGACGGGAAGCGGUCAAUCUGGGGCGUCAUUGGCGGAUCCAAGGGGAAGAGUGGACAAAGCGGAGCCGGAGCCCAGGACAGGAAUAAUGGGGGACAAGAAGGACAAGGGCUGAAGGGAGGACAGGGGACGCAGGGAGGGGGGAAGGUGUUUGAACGGGGGGUGCGCGGAAACAACGGGGCACAAGGAGUGCCCGCAGGAGUGGGACAAGCACAAGGAGCACAAGUCGGGGAGGAUAAGAGAGAGUGGGCGACCCGUGUAAACGCGGCGAUUGCAGCACGGCGGGCCCAGCCCCAGUCCCAACCCGAAGGCCAGCCAGACCUCCGGCGCAAGCACAGCGGGAGCUUCACGCUGUACGGUCUGUCUCGCUCCAACAGUCGCGGAGACGGCGGAGAUAUCGGCCGGAAGUCUGGCGUCAACGGCGGGAAGACUGGCAAAGGGGGCAGCGGGGGCCGGCCAGGCAGCGACGAGCCCGAGGUCUGGGUCGUUAGUCGGCCCAAGGUCGUCCAGCCCCGGGGACCGGCACGAUGCAGGUCUCACGCACAUACGCCCAGCGGACUUGCGCGGUGUAUCACCCCCGAACCGGAGCGGGAGAUGGUCACCGUUUCCCUUGGAUUGGGACUUGGACGACUGGGACCGUUUGCGAUCAGCAAGGGCGGCAUCACAGAGAAGGAGCAGAAAGCAGCGAGGAGGAACAGUCGCUGGAGCCUGAGGCGGAGCAGCGUCUCCAGUCUUAAGAGCAUGAGGAGCACAGCGAGCAUGCAGAGUAGAGCAAGCGAGAGGAGCACAGCAAGCACGACGAGCACGGCUAGCAUAGCAACCACAAUGAACGGGGAUAUGAACCCGCCCACCACGACCACCACCGUAAGCACUGGAGCGGCGAAUGCGAACACCCAGAAGGGCAAGACCAAAAAGAAGAACGACAAGGUGCCCGGAACGGUCUCGGCGUGGCCGUCUUGGACUGUUCUUAGCGCACUGCGCAUGUUCCGCCCCCAGCACCCUGAGACCAAAUCGACACGAGUGGCACGCGAGCACAUAUAUCUGUAG